AGUGAGAGCAAGCGAGAGGGAUAGAUGGAGAGAAGGGAUCAGGAGGACGACGAGGAGCGGCGCCACCUCAGUGGCGGGGGAAUCGUCCAUCCGGCGUGGCCGACGGUGGAUGGCCCGCUCGGCCUCUCUCCAGAGGAAUCGGUGGCCUAUGCUCGCAGAUUCUUUCGCUGGGGUUUCGCUUUGCUCCCCUGGCUUUGGGCAGUCAACUGCCUCUACUUCUGGCCCGUCCUUCGUGUACGCCCCUCCGAUCUCCCAGCUUCCUCCCCCCUCGCCCUCCUUCGCCCCUAUGUCCUGCGAUCGGCUAUCGGUUUCACUAUAUUCACUGUGUUUCUAUCGAUUUGGGCCUUGAUUUUCAUGAUUGGAGGCAAAUCUCUGUUCGGAUCGGUAUGGGAUGAUAUUGUUAUGUAUAAUGUUGCUGAUAAGUUAGGGCUCACCGGAUGGUACUAAUAUUGCUCGUAUUUCUUGUUAACUUUUUGGUAUGAGGCAUGAAUGAUGUUGUUCAUCGAGUUUCCGACUUCUUGUAGUCUAAAAAUGUUGUGGCUUUUAUGUACUUAGAUUGAGAAAUUGUAAGGAAUGCUUUUUGGCUAUGAAUUCCUGCCUAAUGUGCAUAAAUUUACAUGAUUGUUGAACAAA